CUGCAGCCGGCGCUAGGACCCAGCGGAGCGGGCUGCUGCUCUCCGGUGGUCUGCAGACGUGCGGAGAGAAACGGGGCUCCGGUGCUGAGGCUGGAGGCUGGAGGAGGGACGGAACAGGCAGCAUCAUCCGGGAGUUGAUCCAAUCAGUGCUCGUCUUCCUGCAGAGCCAGUCUGCUGUAUUUGAGGCCUGAACCGCUGAUCUACACCAUGAGCGAAGUUUUGUGAGGCGAGAACAUCAGAACCUGUCUUCUCUGUCUGCUGCCUCCACUGAACCCCAGUCCUGAAGCACCAUGGGAGGCGUGGCGGUGGACGUGGAUGCAGGAGGUGUGAAGGCUCCAGAUGGAGGGUGGGGCUGGGUGGUGCUGGCCGGAUGUUUCGUCAUCACAGGCUUCUCCUACGCUUUCCCCAAAGCGGUCAGCGUGUUUUUCAAAGAGCUGAUCAGGGAGUUUGGUGUGGGAUACAGCGACACCGCCUGGAUCUCCUCCAUACUGCUGGCCAUGCUGUACGGCACAGGUCCUCUGUGCAGCGUCCUGGUGAACCGCUUCGGCUGCCGUCCGGUGAUGAUGGUUGGAGGCAUCUUUGCGUCUGUGGGAAUGAUCCUGGCCUCGUUCUCCACCAGCAUCAUCCACAUCUACCUCUCUACUGGAGUCAUUACAGGUCUGGGAUUAGCCCUGAACUUCCAACCAUCUCUGAUCAUGCUGAACCGCUACUUCAAUGAGAAGCGUCCUCUGGCCAACGGGCUCUCAGCAGCCGGUAGCCCCGUGGCCCUGUGCUGCCUCUCUCCUCUGGGGCAGGUCCUUCAGUACCAGUAUGGAUGGAGGGGUGGUUUCCUCAUCCUGGGUGGCAUUCUGCUGAACUGCUGUGUGUGCGGGGCCCUCAUGAAGCCUCUCGUCCCCCCUAAAACCUCCAACAUUAAGGAGCUGGGACAGGACAACGACAAAGAUGGGGAAGAACAGCCGAAGAAGAAGCCUAAACCGAAGCUGCUGGACUUUUCUGUCUUUAAAGACUGUGGCUUCGUCAUCUACACGGUGGCGGCUUCAAUCAUGGUGCUGGGGCUAUUUGUGCCUCCGGUGUUCAUCGUGAGCUACGCUAAGGAGCUGGGGAAUGAGGACACCAAAUCUGCCCUGCUGCUCACCAUCCUGGGCUUCAUUGACAUUUUUGCUCGGCCCACGUGUGGCGUGAUCGCAGGACUGAAAUGGGUUCGGCCUCGAUGCGUCUACCUCUUCAGCUUCGCUAUGAUCUUCAACGGAACCACCGACCUGAUCGGCUCACAGGCAAAGGACUAUGCCUCUCUGGUGGUCUUCUGCAUCUUCUUUGGCAUCUCCUACGGCAUGGUGGGAGCACUGCAGUUUGAGGUUCUCAUGGCCAUAGUUGGUACUGAGAAGUUCCCCAGUGCCAUCGGCCUGGUCCUGCUCAUGGAGGCUAUCGCUGUGCUGGUGGGGCCUCCUGGUGCAGGUCGACUGCUUGAUGCCACCAAGAACUACAUGUGCGUCUUCCUGCUGGCAGGAAGUGAGGUGUUCCUCUCUGCUUUGGUUUUAGCCAUUUGCAACUUCCUGUUCAUCCGAAACAAGCCCUCAGUGCCGACAGACAAACUGGAGAGCAUCACGGUGACAGAAGACGCCAAGACAGAAACGCUGGGCGGCAAACCGGCAGAGGUGAGCGACGAAGAGGAGAAGGGAGCGAGAGAGGAGCAAGAGAAGGAGACGAAGGAGGAGCUGAAGGAGGAGGACGAGAGAGACAAAGAGGACGAGAGAGACAAAGAGGAUGAGAGAGACAAAGAGGACGAGAGAGACAAAGAGGACGAGAGAGACAAAGAGGACAAGGCCAGGCCAAAGAGCGUCACAGUGGACUCACAGGAAGUGGAAAGAUUCUUGAAAGAACCACAACCAAACGGCAGCAUGGCCACCAGUCCUGAAACAUGCCUGUGAGUGGAGAUGAAGAACGGGAUUAUUAACCAACCAGACAGCUCAGUGAAGUGUCCUCAUUAGCACCGUACUGGAUAGUUAGGCUUCUCCCAUAAUUCAGUGUUUGAUUCGGGUGUUUAUGUGUUGUUUGUUUGUGGGGAGGCUGGUUGGUGUCAGCAAUAUUUUAUCACUAGAUGUUGAAGUGUGGCUCAUAGUAGAUGAAGAAGCCAGUUACAGCACUGCCUUGUGUUCCUACCAGAAGUCUCAAGUUUGAGGUCUUUUGGAUGUAGCCACCAGCAAAUAAACUUAAGGGAUAAUUUUGUCAAUAUUCUGCAUUUUUUUGACUGUCAACAAAUCAAAUGAAAGAGGUUUAGUUAUUUCUGAUGCAGUAAUAACAUGUUCCUGGAAGGUUAGCAAUAAAAAAAAUAAAAUUGUGAUCAAUUUAUUUCUCUGAUGCAAUGCCCAAACCAAAGAGGGGCAACAGCGAAGCUCAUCCUUGAUGGUAGCACAACCAAAAAAGAUUCACGUGGGUUUUUUUUUGGUCCAUUACUGCCAAAAAAUACUAUUGUAAUUACAAGAACAAGAAAAUGUGUAUUCAUCCACAGCUUGAAAUAGUCACAAGUCAAUGCACUAUUUCCUUCCCACCUUUUUGAUUAAAGGGGCAGUCAGUAAGCCAGUAUUCUGCUUUUUUCGAUUCCCUUACCUUGAAUGUAUUACAACUUUUCUGCACAUAAAAGAUCUGCAAAUUUGCAAGACCCAAACUUUACCCAGAGAAAGUGUUGCUCUUUAACUGUCUGAAAUGGCUCGUUUAAAGGCCAGGCUUCUCUUCUGUUACUUAUCAACAUCAUCAUGUUGGCAUAUUUCCGUAAAGACUUUUUAGCAGCUAGAAUAGCUAGCUUCCUUGCAGUCCACCAUUAUUUCUUCACAACUUACGACCUAGCUUGUCGGAUGAGCUGACCAAUCAGAGCAGAGCGGGCUUUUUGGGAGGGGCGUCUUAAAGAGACAGGAGCUAAAACGGAGCAUUUUAGACACGAGGAAGCAUUCCAGCAAUGUACAAUAUGAGAAAAAUAAUGUUUUGUUUUUUUUAGUAUUAAAGCUUUUAAACAUAUUCUAGUAGACCCCAAAAACUAAAAUUGUAAACCUAUGAAUGCGCAUAAUAUGGGCUCUUUAAGUAGAAACGACUGAGAGAGGGGUUAUUACGUUGUUAGUUUGGACCUUUCCAUGGGAUUUGUUAUCAAUGAGAAACAUACAGAAUCAUGCCAACCUUAUCCUUAAAAGUCAAACAGCUGCUCUUUACUCAUAAUGUCUUAUGCAGAGUCAGAAAAGCUUUGUUGUGUGAGUAGAAACUCCUUUCUGUUAACGCUUAAUAUGGUGAUCGUGUUUUGAAAGUAUCCUCCCACAUGGUUGAGACAGAUUAGCUUUUAUUGGGAACAGAUUUGAAUCAAAAGGCUCCUCGCUACAUGCUUGUGUUUUUGAGGGUUGUUGUGGUAGUUUUGUGAUUCCUCCUUGGAUUAGCAGCAGGUCCAGAUGUUUCCACAUGCUUAUUGUGCUCAAAGGUUCAGUCUCACAUGUGCCGUCUCACUUUCACUCCACUGUAUCUGGUCAGCUGUUUAUUGUCCGGCUUAUUUGUGUUGACGUGAGCGCUAAAUUCAGUUUAAGAGCUGCACAGAGAAAAUGUCAAGCAGGAGAGAUGCUAAACCUUUCAGGAAGAGCAGAUCCUCAAAUCGUCUCAAUCCUGGUGGGAUGAAAAUAGACUUAAAUCAAUCAUCAGUUCAGUGGCUAGCAGAAAGCUUUUUCCUUGGUCUCAUGUUGCCUCUGUGUCGUCUGGACUGUCUGUGAGUGUUUCAGUGAAACGGAAUAUUAAAGGAUAUUUUAUUGUUUUACA